CGCCCGCGCUCCCUCGCUCGCUCGCUCGUUCGCUCCCUCCUUCCCUCCCAGCCCCCUCCCUCCCUCCCAGCCCCCUCCCACCCAGGCCCACCCCACCCACCACCCCUGGCGCAGGGACUGCUGGAACCUGGCGUGCGCGCUGUCGCUUUAAGACAGACUCUGCCGGCGCCGUCCGGAGCCUUAGAAACCGGCCCCGGAUCGGGAGCCGGAACCGGGGCCGGGCGGGCGGCUGAGGCCCGAGCGGCGGGAGGGCAGCGCGGAGCGCGAAGCCGGGCUCCCGGUCGCGGGAAACCGCUGCCGCUGCCGCCCGCCUGGCCCCGCAGCCCCGGGCGGUCCAUGGGGCGGGCGCGGCGUCGUUGCGGGCGCGGGCAGCCCUGGGGGGCGGCCGCUUAGGCGCUGCGCUCUUGUCCUCGCAGGUCGCAGCCAGGGCAGCCGGGCGCGCCCAGCUCCGGCCGCCGGAGCGCCCGCCGCGGUCCCCGCCUCCAUGGACGCCUUCAAGGGGGGCAUGAGCCUGGAGCGGCUGCCGGAGGGGCUCCGGCCGCCGCCGCCGCCGCCGCACGACAUGGGGCCCGCCUUCCACCUAGCCCGCGCCGCCGACCCCCGCGAGCCGCUCGAGAACUCCGCCAGCGAGUCGUCCGACACGGAGCUGCCAGAGAAGGAGCGCAGCGGGGAACCCAAGGGGCCCGAGGACAGCAGUGCGGGCGGCGCAGGCUGCGGCGGUGUUGAGGACCCCGCCAAGAAAAAGAAGCAGCGGCGGCAACGCACGCACUUCACAAGCCAGCAAUUGCAAGAGCUGGAGGCCACGUUCCAGAGGAACCGCUACCCGGACAUGAGCAUGCGGGAGGAGAUCGCCGUGUGGACCAACCUCACCGAGCCACGCGUGAGGGUCUGGUUCAAGAACCGGAGAGCCAAGUGGCGGAAGCGCGAGCGUAACCAGCAGCUGGACCUGUGCAAGGGCGGCUACGUGCCGCAGUUCAGCGGCUUGGUGCAGCCCUACGAGGACGUGUACGCCGCUGGCUACUCCUACAACAACUGGGCCGCUAAGAGCCUGGCACCAGCGCCGCUCUCCACCAAGAGCUUCACCUUCUUCAACUCCAUGAGCCCGCUGUCGUCGCAGUCCAUGUUCUCGGCCCCCAGCUCCAUCUCCUCCAUGACCAUGCCGUCGAGCAUGGGCCCGGGCGCUGUGCCCGGCAUGCCCAACUCGGGCCUCAACAACAUCAACAACCUCACCGGCUCCUCGCUUAACUCGGCCAUGUCACCGGGCGCCUGCCCGUACGGCACACCCGCCUCGCCCUACAGCGUCUACCGGGACACGUGCAACUCGAGCCUAGCCAGCCUGCGGCUCAAGUCAAAGCAGCACUCGUCGUUCGGCUACGGCGGCCUGCAGGGCCCGGCCUCGGGCCUCAAUGCGUGCCAGUACAACAGCUGACCGCCCAGCCGGGCCACGCGGGCCGGCGGCCGGCACAGCGCCGGGGCCGGGACCGGGUCGGGUGCGGGCGCGGAGGACCUGGCGCCUGCGCGGCCCCCUGCUCCCCACCUCCCCACCUCCGGCUUGGUUUUGUGUUUGCUUUCCUGGACCCCACUCUGCCCUCCAAAACGAGACAAAGCAAAAAGACGUCGGAGAAAAGUGCCGCGAAAAAACGGAUGAGUUGCAAUUUUCCUCGGGAUGGCGCGGGUGGUGCGUGCUCGCUCGCCCGCUCGCUCGGGGCCCGGUGGGCCACUCUCCGGAGGGGACGCGGCGCGGGAGGCGAGCGCCGAGGCCGGCGGCCCGGAGGAGACGCCCCGUAGCCCGCGUUCCCGCCUGCGAACUGGAGCGCAGAACCCCGGCAACCCUGGGCCCCGGCCAGGUGCGAACCAAGACGCCCCCUCCGAGCUGGGCCCGGCCGAGCAUACCUUAGCUCGAUUCGGAUCCAAGUUGGAGCGGGCGUUGGGCCAGGGAUGACGGUACCCAGUCCAGGGUCGGGAUCUCACCGUGGAGCCGUACUAAUGGCCCCGGCGCGCCUCGAAGAGCCCUUGCCUGCCCCGCGCCCCGGAGGCUUACUUUAAGGCCAAGGAGCCGCAGCUGGCGGUGCGGACGAGGCGGGAGCAUGCGGAGUGCUCGUCUCGGAGCAUCCCAGCCCCCAAGCUUCGCCGCAAGCCCAGGCCCUCUCCUCAGCUCCCGGCUAGAAGGUGGCCCGCCUGUCCGGCGAGGAGCCGCCUCCUCACCGCCCGCCGUGCAAGAGUCGAGCCGGGAGAGCUCGGGGAGCGGCCAGGGCCCCACGCCGUGCCCACUUUGCACACCCGCUCUCCGGCCCGCGCCCCUGUUUACAGCGUCCUUGUGUAUGUCGGACUGACUGUAUAGAAUUAUAAAUCUGUCUAUAUCGACUUGUCCAUGUACAUCUAUUAAAACCAUAGUACGAGCGUGCUAACCA